CGAGCCCAGCGCAACAGGCACGGAAGCAGCUUGCUCUUCUAUUCUCAAACAGAUCGCUCUAAAAGUACCCACAUCUGGAGUCCUGCCACACAACAAGCACAGCAAGCUGGAGCCUCAUUUUCCUCAAACCGCGCGUAGGCAACGAAUCUGCACCUUCCAUACCGCGCCGACUCAAGAGACGACUGCCUUUCCAACUUGCUUGCUUGAUUCUUUUCUCAAUUGAGCAGGCGCUUUGGAUUGCGGGCUUCUUUUGAUUUCUGGCUCCGCCCGACGUCCCGACCCAGCUCCACCAACUCUGACCCCCUUUCAACGUCACGAUUUCAAGCUUCCCGACGUCCAUCGACGAAACAACAAAUUUUGGCGAGUUGGGUAGUACUCUUUCUUGACCACGCGCAGCCGAGCGCAUUCAGAUUAUCAUGGCGCCGGCGUUGCCGAUUAAGUUCCAGGAGCUGCUUCAGCUCAGCAGCUUGGGCGUCAGCCAAACCGCCAUCACCUUUAACAGCUGCACUCUAGAAUCCGAUUCCUUCGUCUGCCUUCGAGAGAAAAAAGAUGAGGCCACGCCGCCCGAGGUGCUCAUCGUCGACCUCAAGAACGCCAACAAUGUCAUUCGCCGACCUAUCAAGGCCGACAGCGCGAUAAUGCACUGGUCGCGCCAGGUCAUUGCUUUGAGGGCCCAGUCACGGACGCUGCAGAUUUUUGAUCUGGAGCAGAAGCAGAAGCUCAAGUCUACCACCAUGACCGAGGAUGUUGUGUUCUGGAAGUGGACCAGCGAGACGACCCUCGGCUUAGUGACAGAGACCGCCAUCUACCACUGGGACGUCUUUGACCCCACGCAGGCGUCACCGGUCAAGGUGUUUGACAGAAAUGCCAACCUUCAGAACAAUCAGAUCAUCAAUUACCGGACCAGUGCCGACGGCAAGUGGAUGGUCGUGGUCGGCAUUUCGCAGCAGCAAGGACGCGUGGUUGGCGCCAUGCAGCUCUACUCCAAAGAUCGCGGCAUCAGCCAAGCGAUCGAGGGCCAUGCUGCUGCAUUCGGUACCCUCCGACUAGAGGGCGCCCCGGAGGACACCAAACUCUUUACCUUUGCCGUCCGGACCGCCGUUGGCGCGAAGCUGCACAUCGUCGAGGUUGACCACCCCGAAACGAACCCGGUAUUCCCCAAGAAGGCAGUGGACGUUUUCUUCCCGCCAGAAGCGGCCAACGACUUCCCCGUCGCUCUUCAAGUUUCGCAGAAGUACGGCAUUAUUUACCUUAUUACCAAGUACGGCUUUAUCCACCUCUAUGAUCUCGAAACGGCGACAUGUAUUUUCAUGAACCGUAUCUCGGGCGAGACCAUCUUCACGGCCUGCGGCGACAAGGACUCAACAGGUGUAUUGGGCAUCAAUCGGAAGGGUCAAGUUCUCUUCGUCAGCGCCGACGAGAACACGAUCGUUCCAUACGUCCUCGAGAGCCACGGCACCGAGCUCGCACUCAAGCUGGCGUCUCGCGCCGGUCUUCCCGGCGCGGACAACCUCUACCAGCAGCGGUUUGAGCAGCUCUUCAGCAAUGGCAGCUACCAAGAAGCUGCCAAGGUCGCCGCGAAUUCACCUCGCGGCUUCCUGAGGACGCCGCAGACCAUUGAGCGAUUCAAGCGGCUCCCUCAGCAGCCGGGCCAGAUGUCACAUAUCUUGCAGUACUUCGGCAUGCUUCUAGACAAAGGGUCACUUAACCAGCACGAGACGAUCGAGCUUGCUCAGCCUGUUCUAGCCCAGAACCGAAAGCAGCUGCUACAAAAGUGGCUGGCCGAGAACAAGCUCGAGUGCUCAGAGCAGCUUGGUGACAUGGUUCGCCCUCACGACAUGGCCAUGGCCCUGGCCAUCUACCUGAAGGCGAAUGUGCCUCACAAGGUCGUCGCUGGGUUUGCCGAAACGGGCCAGUUCGAGAAGAUCCUCCCGUACUGUGCUCAGGUUGGCUAUAAGCCCGACUUUGUUCAGCUCCUGCAGCACAUUGUCCGCGUCAACCCGGAGAAGGGUGCGGAAUUCGCCACCACGCUGGCCAACCAGGAAGGCGGGUCGUUGGUCGAUCUUGAGCGGGUGGUGGACAUCUUCCAGUCUCAAGGCAUGGUCCAGCAAGCCACCGCCUUCCUGCUCGAUGCUCUCAAGGACAACAAGCCUGAGCAGGGCCAUCUUCAGACCCGUCUUCUGGAGAUGAACCUGAUCAAUGCCCCGCAGGUCGCGGAUGCCAUCCUGGGGAAUGACAUGUUUUCUUACUUCGACAAGGCGCGCAUUGCCAGUCUCUGCGAGCAGGCCGGCCUUUUGCAGAGGGCACUGGACCUGUACGAGGACCCCGCCGCCGUAAAGCGCGUCAUUGUCAACAUCGCCGGGACGCCCAACUUCAAUCCCGAAUGGCUCAUCGAGUACUUUGGCCGCCUCUCCGUUGAGCAGUCAAUCGAUUGCCUCGACGCCAUGAUGAAGCACAACAUCCGCCAGAACCUCCAGUCUGUGGUUCAAAUUGCCACCAAGUAUGCCGAGCUUCUCGGUCCCCAGCGCUUGAUUGACCUGUUCGAAAAGUACAAGACGGCCGAAGGCCUCUACUAUUUCCUCGGCAGCAUCGUCAACGUCAGCGAGGACCCCGAGGUCGUCUUCAAGUACAUCGAGGCUGCCACCAAGAUGGGACAGAUCCGCGAGGUCGAGCGCAUCUGCCGCGACAAUAACAUCUACAACCCUGAGAAGGUGAAGAACUUCCUCAAGGAGGCCAAGCUUAGCGAGAUGUUGCCGUUGAUGGUUGUCUGCGACCGCUACAACUUUGUGCACGACUUGGUGCUGUACCUGUACCAGCACCAGCAGUUCAAGUCCAUUGAGAUCUACGUGCAGCAGGUCAAUCCCUCCAGGACACCUGGCGUCAUCGGUGGUUUGUUGGAUGUCGACUGUGACGAGAGUAUCAUUAAGAACCUUCUCUCCACCAUCAACCCGAUUUCCAUCCCGAUCGACGAGCUGGUUCACGAGGUCGAGACGCGCAACCGGCUCAAGCUGCUCCUCCCCUUCCUCGAGGCGACCCUGGCUGCCGGCAACCAGCAGCAGGCUGUCUACAAUGCCUUGGCCAAGAUCUACAUCGACUCCAACAAUAACCCCGAGCGGUUCCUCAAGGAGAACGACCAGUACGACACUCUCACUGUCGGCAAGUACUGCGAGAAGCGGGAUCCCAACUUGGCCUACAUUGCCUACCGCAAGGGUCAGAACGAUCUCGAGCUCGUCAACAUCACGAACGAGAACGCCAUGUACAAGGCUCAGGCGAGGUAUCUCCUCGAGAGAGCGGAUCAGGAACUCUGGAUGUUUGUCCUCAGCGAGAACAACCUCCACCGGCGCUCCGUGGUCGACCAGGUCAUCUCGACCGCUGUCCCCGAGUCGACAGAUCCCGCCAAGGUUUCGGUUGCUGUGUCGUGUUUCGUGAGUGCCGAUCUUCCGGCUGAGCUCAUCGAGCUCCUGGAGAAGAUCGUCUUGGAGCCGUCACCGUUCAGCGACAACCAGAACCUUCAAAACCUCCUCAUGUUCACCGCCGCCAAGGCGGACAAGGCACGCGUUAUGGACUACAUCCACAAGCUCGACAACUUCUCGGCGGACGAGAUUGCCACCGUCUGUAUCGAAGUCGGCUUGCACGAGGAGGCAUUCGAGAUCUACAAGAAGAUCGACAACAAGGAGGCUGCCGUCAACGUGCUUGUUGAGCACGUUGUUAGCAUCGACCGCGCCCAAGCAUACGCGGAGGAGGUGGACAUUCCGCAGGUCUGGAGCAAGGUCGCCAAAGCUCAGCUGGACGGUCUCCGGGUCAGCGACUCGAUUGACUCAUACAUCAAGGCAGAGGACCCCAAGAACUAUGAGGAGGUGAUUGAGAUUGCGGUCGCGGCGGGCAAGAAUGAGGAGCUCAUCAAGUACCUCCGCAUGGCCCGCAAGACGCUUCGCGAGCCUGCCAUCGACACCGCCCUUGCUUUCUGCUAUGCGCGCCUCGACCAGCUCGCGGAGCUCGAGGACUUCCUGCGGGCGACAAAUGUCGCAAACGUUGAAGAGUCGGGAGACAAGGCCUACGCGGAGGGUCUCUUCGAGGCGGCUAAGAUUUUCUACACGAGCAUCUCCAACUGGGCCAAGCUCGCCACCACUCUAGUUCACCUCGCCGAUUACCAGGCCGCCGUGGACUGCGCGCGCAAGGCCAACAACAUCAAGGUCUGGAAGGAGGUUCACGAGGCCUGCGUUGGCAAGAAGGAGUUCCGCCUGGCCCAGAUUUGCGGUCUCAACCUCAUUGUCGACGCCGAGCAACUUCAAGCCCUCGUCAAGCAGUACGAGCGCAAUGGCUAUUUUGAUGAGCUCAUCAACCUGCUCGAGCAGGGUCUCGGUCUGGAGCGCGCGCACAUGGGCAUGUUUACCGAGCUGGGCAUUGCCCUGUCCAAGUAUCACCCUGAGCGCUUGAUGGAGCACCUAAAGCUCUUCUGGAGCAGGAUGAACCUGCCCAAGCUGAUCCGGGCGUGCGAGGAAGCCAACCUGUGGCCCGAGUUGGUCUUCUGCUACUACCACUAUGACGAGUUUGACAACGCGGCGCUCGCCGUCAUGGAGCGGCCCGAAAACUCGUGGGAGCACCAGCAGUUCAAGGAGAUCACGGUCAAGGUGGCCAACCUCGAGAUCUACUACAAGGCCAUCAACUUCUACCUUGAGCAGCACCCGUCGCUCCUCACGGAUCUGCUGCAGGCUUUGACGCCGCGCAUCGACGUGAAUCGGGUGGUUCGCAUGUUCCAGAAGUCGGACAACCUGCCGCUGAUCAAGCCGUUCCUGCUCAACGUGCAACCGCAAAACAAGCGCACCGUCAACGAUGCCAUCAAUGACCUGCUCAUCGAGGAGGAGGAUUACAAGACGCUCCGCGACUCGGUUGAGAACUACGACAACUACGACGCCGUGGACCUCGCCGGUCGCCUUGAGAAGCACGACCUGGUCUUCUUCCGUCAGAUUGCUGCGAACAUCUACCGCAAGAACAAGCGGUGGGAGAAGUCGAUCAACUUGUCCAAGCAGGACAAGCUCUGGAAGGAUGCCAUUGAGACUGCCGCCAUUUCGGGCAAGUCUGAUGUCGUCGAGGAGCUUCUGAGAUACUUCGUCGACAUUGGCAACCGGGAAUGCUAUGUCGGCAUGCUCUACGCGUGCUACGACCUGAUCCGUCCUGACCUGGUGCUGGAGCUGUCGUGGCGCAACGGCCUCCACGACUUCGCCAUGCCCUACAUGAUCAAUCUCCUCUGCCAACAGACCAAGGAGCUGGCGACGCUCAAGGCUGACAAUGAGGCGCGCAAGGCCAAGGAGAAGGAGAAGGAGAAGGUUGAGGACAACACGCCCAUCCUCGGCGGCAACCGGCUGAUGAUCACGGCCGGGCCGGCCGCGGCUGGCGGUGCGCCCUCGCCGUACAUGCAGACCAACGGGUUUGCCCCGCAGCCGACCGGUUACGGCUUCUAGAGGUUGUUUCGGUGGUUAAUGAGCGGCCAUGCCUCUUCGAUCCCUAACAGGGCCGCUGGUACUAUCCAUUUUGAUAUUCCUGGCGAGCCUGGCAAGCCUGUGAAGGUGGUGGAACUUUGUCCAGCAUCGUCUGGGAGUUUGUUUCCUGGAGGGGGAGGGCGGAUAGAAGAGGGGGUGCGAUGGGAUGUGGGCGCGGG